GGAGGUUGAGUCACACACAAUGUAUUCUCUCUUUCCUCACUUUUAGUUGCGGUCUCCAGUCACUCCACUUCUCCACUCUCAUUGUUGAGUUUCAGUAGUCAGUACUGCAUUUCAUUUUCAUUUGUGGCGAAGACGACAAUGAGGCUGAGUCGUCCAUUAAUUGGUAAUAGCUCUCUCUCUUCUUCUUCUUAUUCCCUUUCCCCUUUCUUUUCUGCUUUUCAUUUUCAAUUUCAUUUACGCAAUUAUUACUCCAUUGCAACUCAUGAACAUCGUAAGUUGUUUCUUCAAUCCGUUAGAGAACACUGCAAAUUAGGGUUUUCAAAUCUCAAUUUCCCCCUUUCUCUCUUUCAUCAAAUGAUCUCUUUGCGUCCUCUCCCUUCUAUUAUUGAUUUCACUCAACUCUUCACUGCCAUUUCUAAAUUGAAACGCCUUCACCCUCACUCCACCCUUAUCUCUCUACUUAGAAACCUUGAAUUGUCAGGUAUUCGACCCGAUAGGCACUCUAUUGGUAUUCUCGCCAAUUGUUACUGUCAUUUGGGCCGUCUAGAUUUCGGCCUCUCUCUUAUGGGAAAAUGCCUCAAACUUGGAUAUCCCCCCAACUGCUAUACCUUUAACACCUUAAUCAAUGGCUUUAUCCACUGUGAUAAGCUUCCUCAAGCUCUUCAAUUGCUCCAUCAAAUUGUUAAGAUAGGUUUCCAACCCGACAUUAUUACCUAUGGUGCUAUUUUCAAAGGCCUUUGUCGGAUUGGUGACAAUACUGCUGCCCUCCACUUGCUCAGGAAGAUGUAUUCUGGUUGUUGCAGACCUGACCUUGUUAUAUAUAACACCAUCAUUGAUAGUCUUUGUAAGGAUAGGCUGUUGAAAGAGGCCCUCGACCUGUUCACCGCCAUGAAAAGUGAGGGCAUUAUACCUGACAUUGUCACUUAUACCUCCUUGAUUAGAGGUCUCUACAACUCCGGCUCCAAGGUCGAGGCUAAAGAUAUGCUAGUUGAGAUGUUGGAGUGUAACAUAGCGCCAGAUGUUAUCACCUUCAGCAUGUUUGUUGACAUGUUUUGCAAAGACGGGAAUGUUGAUGAAGCACAAGCUAUUCUAGACUACAUGAUUGAGAGAGGUGAGGUGCCAGAUGUCAUAACUUACAGUGCUUUACUUGAUGGUUAUUGUUUGCGUGGUCAAAUGCAGGAUGCGGAAAAGCUACUUGAUCUCAUGGCCGAAAAUGGUUGUGAGCCUAAUAUUAUAAGUUUCAGCACUAUGAUUAACGGAUAUUGCAAGGCUGGAAACAUUGACAAGGCACUCUACUUAUUCCAAGAAAUACUUCAAAAAGGAAUAAUGACACCUAAUAUUGUUACCUAUAACACUCUUAUUGAUGGACUAUGCAAAGUUAAUAGACUCCCACUUGCCCGUAAAUUGUUCAAAGAUAUGCAAGGUCAUGGAAUCACUCGUGACGUUUUUACAUAUUCUUCAUUGCUUGACAGCUUAUGCAAAAAUGCACUACUUGAUGAGGCAAUAGCAUUACUUGAAGAUAUGGAAUAUAAUGGUGUUGAGCCUAAUAUUAUCAUAUACAAUAUCCUAAUGGACAGCUUGUGUGAGGCUGGGAAACUUGAAGAUGCUGCAAAAUUAUUCUCAGAUCUUGUAUUGAAGGGCCUACAACCUGAUGUUAAAACAUACAACAUAUUGAUCAAAGGUUUUUGCAAGAAAAGGCUCAUGAAUGAAGCUGUUGAAUUGUUGACAAUAAUGGAGGAAAAUGGUUGUUAUCCUGAUGAUCGUACCUAUAAUACAAUUAUCAGAGGAUUUAUUGUCAACAAUGACUUAUCAAAUGCAUUCUACUACUCUGACCUUAUGGUUAGCAAGGGUCAUGAAGCUGAAGCUGAUACGUUCUCGUUAUUUAUUGGCCUCUUGUCUUCUGAUAAUUUAAGUGACUCGGCAAAGGACCAGAUAAAGAAAUUCAUCAAAUGACUUGAAUAAAACCAGAUCAGGAUAAUUAUGACUAAGUUUUGGCGAUAUGCAAGAUCUCAGUAUAGUUGAGAUGUUCCUCCAUGUUGUUUGUAAUGUCUAAAACGAUACAAGUCACACGUUAGAUUACUUGUACUUUGGCUUGAGAUUUUGCUUUUAGUUUCUUUGUCUACUUCAUCUCAAGUCCCUGAUAACCAUCUUAUUUUAUGACUCGUAUUUCUGGCCCUUGGGCUGUUUGUUUCUUCAUUGUAUUAAGUUGAAUGUGUGCUGAUAAUAUAUGAUGUUUUGUUUCUAUGAUAGAAAAAGCUGAUGAAGCA